AAAGAUGACAACGAGCGAGGAUGAUGGUUGAAACCACCGGAGUCAAAAGGUAUCUUAGCCCAAUCAAUUGCGAUAAUUGAGGUCGGUGUGUGUAUGUGACUCUGCAAUUUUAAUAAAUAUACACAUAAUUUAGCAUAUCAAACUAAUUAAUAUGAAACAUAAAUCUGCAUCUGUAUUCGAGUGAGUGCACGAGAAUGGUCGGCCCACAUCGCUAUUAUUGCGGUCUCGUGCUCCAUCGAUGCCUUCUUCGCUUCCUCCACUCCAUCCAUCCAUCAUCAUGAUCGCGUGUUCCUCCAAGAGAUCAUGAUGCUCCCCGACGCAUUCCAGCCGUUUGUUCCUUCCACCCACCCAAAAUUAAAUCCACCAGUAAGCCAUCAGCGGUUACCUUAAACCGGUUGUUAUCACCACACUGUUGUGUGUAUAUAUAUGCCGAACACCACAGGUGACCGCCCCCUCAACGGAACCGUCGUCGAAGAAUCCCCACAAAGAAGAGAAGGGGAGAAGCAGAGAAGAAGGAAAUGGGUGGCGCCCGGAGAUCGAUGGCUGAGGAGAUGGUCCUGUGGGCGACGGAGGAUGAGGAGGAGGGAGCGGGGUGGAGAUGCCGGAAGCACACAUUCACCUCCCAGCCCCAUUACGGCGUUUGUUCCGGCUGCCUUCGCGAUCGCCUCCUCCGCCUCUGCCCGCACUGCGCUAACGAACGCCCCUGCGGCUGCUUCCUCCCCUCUUCGUCUUCCUCAUCGACGUCAUCCUCCUCGCGGUCCUCAAUCUCCUUCGCCGAUCUCACCGGAUCCGUCGGAGGAAGCGGCGGGAUCGGCGCGGAUGGGGUCGUAUCGCGGUUGAUCGAGAGGGAGCCGGCCUUCCGGCGGUCCAGAUCCGUCGGUUUCCAGCUCAUGCGAGAAACGAGACCGGUCGCCAGCCACGUAGACAGCGGCGGAGCUCCGCCGCGGCCGAAGGGAGGGAGGAGGUGGGCGUCGUUCUGGCCGUUCUCGAGGGCGACGGCAGCAGCAGCAGCAGCGGGGCUAUCCAGGUCGAGAUCGGUUGGUGCGGCGGGAUUGGCGGGAUCCGGAGGCGAGGACGAGAGGGGAAAGGGGGGAUGGCGAUGGCAUUUUCCGAGCCCCAUGAACCCUUUCCGGCACCGACGAUCGACGAAUGUGGUACAGGAGAGGCCGCCGCUUUAGCGGUACCGACUAGAGCUAAAUAAGACCCGUAGGAAAGUCUCAAGUCGUCGACCUUUCACACGGCCAAAGCAGCAAAUUAACCGCUGUCAUUGGGUAAAGUUUCCGCAUGUAUGAUAUGUUUAUGAAACACCGUGAAAGGUCGAGAGUUAUUGAUCGACGGAUCCGUCGAAGUUGUUUCUUUUCGUGUCAAUCUCUACCGUCCGAUCUUGUGAUAAAACUGGACCGCUUGUUGAAAGCAGGUGGAAAGGGGGAGAGUAGUC